AUGGAUGACCCAUUAGAAGAAUCGCUGUGGCAUUUGCAAGAAAUAAAUGAACUCCUGGAGUCAUCUGUACACCAGUUACAAGAAGAUAGUAAACAGAAUGAUGAUCUGACCAAAACAAUGCUGCGGUUUAAACAAGUGUAUGAACUUGUACCUGAAUUCGAUAUCGAGAGAGCUAGAAUUGAUUUAAAUGAAGAGGUUGAACCUAUAAUACAUGCUUUAGGAGAUAAACUGAAAGAGACACUUAAUCGUAGAGCCAUUGAUUUAAACACACUCAAACAAAAAUAUGAACUGAAUAAACUUAAACUUAAUAAUAACUACAACAAUCAGUCAGUUGAGAAUGAUGAUAGUAUGGAUAAUUCGAACGAAUCUGGCGGUGUUGUUGUAAUGGGAUCAACUACAAAUGAGGAAUUAGAAGAAUUGAAACAACUGAGGGUGAAGAAAGAUGAAUUACAAAAGAGACUUAAUGAAUUGAAAAACUGA